AUGAUCGUCUUAGCAUUUGCUGCGUCCGAGAUAUUCCGAAUCUUUUUCCGAAUGUUCCUUGGAAUCGUCGGAUUUGGUCUUAUUCACGGUCUGUGCAUUAUGCCUGUUUAUAUGUCCUUGCUGUGUUGGAAGCCUUCAGUUACCUCAUUUCCCUCAGUCAGAGUUAGCACAGAAAGACUAGGUAACAUAAGCAAGAAAGAUGAAAGUAGCCACGAUUUGCAGCUGGCAGUGACUGGAAAUGAAAACCCGGGUCAAGCAGCCGAAAACCCUUCUUUUGAGUUAGCUGCAGAAGAAAACGCCAACGAAGUGCAUCCUAAUAGUAAUGAGAGACAGGAAAAUGAUGAAACAGAUUACGAUCAAUAUAUAGUGAACGUUUUCAAAGGACGUCAGAACGAGGGCUUAGAAAGUGGUGACGAUAAGCUAGAUGCCUCGACAAAGCGUCAGCGAGAAGCUGGAUCAUGAAGAUAAUCUGAGGCUACUCUGGCGUGACCGGACCUUAGUUGACAUAGCAAAGUUAUAACCUUAAAGAGUCCAGUUUGUACUAUUUCUUUUUGUGUGAGUUAGGAAAAGGUUUGAACGCCGACUAUUGCAGUUUUGUUUGUUUUGUUUGUUUGUUUGUUUGUUUGUUUCGCCAGCAGCUUUAAGUGAAAGGUAAAAACAUACUUUCUAUCUACGAUACCAGGCGCGUAUUGGGGGGGGUUGAGGGGUUCGGACGGACUACCUUUGGAACGUAACUAUUGAGGUUGUAGAAAACCCUGGAAAAAUUCAGAAAACUACUAACUUUAUUACGGUCGUAGCUUAGAUUCGCUUAGAUUCUUAAUAAGCAUUGCUAAGAAGACUUGGGUACACUGUCAAAGUUCAAAGCAAUAUACAUGAACUAUUGAAUUGGUGCACGUUGAAUAACAAUGUUUACCACGGGCGAGACUAGGCUCUCCUCCCUUGCUGCAAUGCAUAUCAGGUAUGAUUUACCUGAUGAUCUGGAAGAAAUUGUCACUCUGUUUGGAAGUCUUCACCCAAGGAUGUUUAGUUUAUGAAUACCCAUGACCGGACGCAUAGAGCGUGGACCUUUAACAAAGUCUCAGAAAAAUUUCAACUGUCUUUUCAUUCUUUAUUCCUUCUGGUUUCACUGAGAUGUCAUUUUAUUGAAAGGAACGCAAAAAACACACAUGAGAACAGGAGAGUCAAAUAUAAGAGCGAACUUAUUUGUAUCUACACAUGUGAAGAGUUUUUCUUUAUUCAUACAAGCAGAAUCAUAACGCUUUCUUCAGUUCGAGCCUUGAAAUGAAACGUGUUUUUAAAUACUUGUAUUUUUGCCCCAAGUUUUUCCUUUUCUUCCUGACAGUGCUCGGUCCGCAUUUGGCUCUCAAUUUCAAAACGAACACCCCUUCUGAAACUCCAGCUACGCGCCUGGAUACCGAGAUAAAGCUGAUCCCUGUUUGUUCUGCGCGCAAUCCAAACAUGCGGAGAGAUAACGUCUCUAUUGCCCCCCCCCACCGUUGAGAGACUGAAGAUAUGAGAUGAGUGCAAUAGAGUCCUUUAUAAAUAAUAACCCACGUUCGAUACGCCAAAAUUUUAAAAUGACUCUGAGGCUUUCUGGUCAUUCUUCUAUAAUAUUUGGUCUGGUUUUUAUGCUCAAGUCUUUUCUGGAAAAUGCGAGACAAAGGAGUCGUGAAAAUUUGAGCUAUACCCUUGAUCGAACGCAGUAGCAUAAAUUUGCAACGCAAUGUUUUUUCGCAAUUUUAGCAAAAAAAAAUGAUUCCAAAAAAUAUUGAGAGACACUUAAUUGAAAAUAUCGCAAAAAUAGCACGACUAACAAAUUUAACAAAAUUCUAGACUUACAAAGGGAAAGGCAAAGAAGGGCCUCGGAAACGUCGCAAAUUUAGCAAAAGUAACAAGAAAUAUCCUUGUAAUCUACAAAGACAGGGUAAGAAAUAUCCAAAGAAUAGCAUGAAUAACAAAUUGAACACAAUUCUAGACUUAGAAAGGGAAAAGGCCGAGAAGGGUCUCAAGAAGGCCGCAAAUUUUACAGACUGAGUAACAAAUAUUGCAAAAGUAGCAACAGUAAACAAAUUUAACAAAGUUUUCAGACUUCAAAGAGAAAAGACAAAGAAGGGCCUCGGAAAGGUCGCAAUUUCCGCAAAAAUGGCAAGAAUGAUAAAUCUAGCAAAAUUCUACACAUAGAAAUAAAAAGGUCAAGCAGGUUGUCGAGAAUGCCACAAAUUUCGCAUAAAUCGCAAAAGUGACAAGAAUUUUUCUUGCUAUGAAAAAGACUGAGAAACCAAUUUCGCAAAGAAUAGCAAAUUUAACAAAAUUCUAGGGCUAGAAAGAGAAAAGGUAGGAAGGGCCUCGAAAAUUUGGCAGAUUUCGCCUUUUACUAUUCUUGUUACUUUGGGACGUUUUUUAUGGUGGGUUCUUGGCCAUGAAAAGUUCUACUUGCGUUUACGUUUGUUUCUAGCAUUUGCGCCCGUCUGUGAGCACUGGGUUUUGACACUUCUAUAUCUAUCGGUCGGGAAGAAACACUGACGCGCGGGUGUCUUGGCCCCUUUUUGCCCUUCUUUUUAAUGCGCAAUUCUUGGCUAUUCUUUUUUACUUUUGCGUACCCCAAGGCCUUCUUUUCCUUUAUUCUUUACAAGUCUGAACUUUUGCAAAUUGGAACAAUUUUGGUUGUUGUUGUUGUUGAUUUUUGCGAAAUUUGCGGACCGUUAGAGGGCCUUGUUUACCUUUACUCUUUUGCUGAAUUUGGUAUUCUUGUUAGUUUUGCGAUAUUUGUUAGCUUGUUUCUUUCUUAGCACCGAAAGUUUUCGUUUGCGAUUUUUGCGAAAUUUGUGGACUUCUGGAGGCCCUUCUAACCUUUGUUCUUUAUAAGUAUGAACUUCUGCUAAAUUUGUUGUUCUUGGUAUUGAUUCGAUAUUUGUUAAAGUGUUUUUAUUUUUGCGAUGAAAAUUCUUGUUUUUAUAUUUUUGGCAUUUUUGCGAAGUGUGCGGAUCAUUAGAGAGCCUUUCUUAACUUUUGUUCUUUUAUAAGUAUGAACGCUUGCUAAAUUUCUUAUUCUUGGUAUUGAUUCGAUAUUUGUUAAAGUGUUUUUCUUUUUGCAAAAUUUGCGGACCACUCCUGCGGUAAGACUGACCGAGAGUCCCUGGACAAUCUUCAUAGGCGUGCCGCCAGUAUUACUGAAGGCUACAGUUUCACAAUCGCAGACAUCUCGAACGUUCAGUUGGCCUACGCUCCAGUCCCGCCGGGACUAUAUAUCUUAAGUGCAUGCUAGUGUUUAAAAGCCUUUAUGGCCUGGCUCCAUCAUAUUUACAAAAUGAAUCUAGCCACUGAUGCGCGAUUUCCAUUCAUAUAACACGCACCAUAGAGAUUUGCUCCGCCUCCCACUUGCUAGGACAACUAAGUACCGGGGCUCCUUCAGGUUCAGCGAAGCGAAGACCUGGAACACGCUUCCUCUGGCCCUGAGGAGCGAGCAUGAUAUUAAUAAGUUUGCAUUUUGCCUAAAAAGGCGCUUUAGAUCCAAGCCUAAAUGAACCGCCCUUACUUUUGUUAUCCUAAGUUUUACCAUUUUUAUCAUUAUGUCUUGUGUGUUGUUUUUUCUUUUUCAUCAGGGUCCCAUUCAAACCAGCCUCGCUGAACUGGGCACCCCUGACCAAAUGUUGUUUAAAAUAAAAUAAAUUAGAGGGCUUCCCGGAGGGUCUUCUUUACCUUUGCACGAUAAUGAUGAAUGUCGAGUACUUAUUAGAGUUUUCGCAAUGUUCACAGAGACUUUUAAAUUGAAAGGUGGUGGGCGUUUCAGGGCUGCAUAACUACUUUCUGUUUUCUGGCUGUUGUUUUCAGUGUCGUUGUCGCUCCCUUGGCUUCAGCAUUGUCAGAAGCCACUUCCUCCUCCUCCUCUUGAUUUUCAAUAUCCGAUGAACUCUCCUCAUUAUUACUGUCGUUAUCGGGAGUAUUUUCUACAGUUCGGUGGCCUUUUUCCUUUUCUAUUAAGUCACUUAACAACUUUUUGUUCGUGAUUAACCUUUAUCGAUUCCUAACUCUGCAAGCCCAUCUAAAAAGUAUUCAGCGCACAAGGCUUGGUAACCUCAUUGUUACGAGGGAGUAACACAUACUCAUCUAGCUCGGCGAUGUUUUUGACGGGAAUAGUGCGUUUAUUUCGAAGUAAUUGUCCGCCGGGAGUCCAGAAAAGGAUAUCUUUGGCAGCGGCCAUACUAUGCAGCAAAUCAGAAGCACUCUUUUCCGACACUGCACGGGAAAGAUGACUCAAAACAUCCUUUAUUCUUGGUUCUUCUUUUAUUCUUAGUUCUUCAUCCUCGCCGCUUUCAUCACCAGAACUUUCGCUUUCUUCAUGUUCACUCUCGUGUUCUUCUUCAACCAAAUCUAUCUUUCUCUUCAUUUUGAUGAGUACCAGUAACAGACUUCGCUUCGAAUGUUCAACGUAGCGAUGCGUCACCUCUUUUUUAGCAUUAAAAAUCCUAAGCUUGAAACAAUAAGGGCUAAUACAUCUUCAAUAAAACCACUACCCUCUUGUACAAGGACUCGCUUCUUUGUUUUGUAAGGGACAUUUGGACUGGCCAGAUCAAGUAAAGCAUCCUUAUAGGGCAGCAACAUCCGCUUAUUUUCUUCGGGGAUGGGAAUGUGUCCCACAACCAUAUUGUAUAAGACUUGGACUAGUGCAUGUAGUUGCUGUGGAGAAAGCAGGGCGAUCAGCUAACAGUUGAAGAAAACCACGAUUGUUGUUCACUACACGAGACAUUGCUACAAAAUGAACUAAGAAUGGCAGUUGGUAGUCUUUUAUAGAAUCUCGAGGAGGGAAAACAAUAGAAAUGACGUGGUUGUGGUGGUGGAGGGAAAACAAUGGACAUAUGGUGGUGGCGCUGGUGGUGGAAGAGAACAAUGGAAAUGUGAUGGUGCCGGUGGUGGUCGAGGUGGAGGGAAAGAAAACAAUAUAA